AUGGCGCAAGAUGGCACGCUUCAAGGCCAGAUUGGGGCGGUCGACAAUCUCCAGGCCCCUCUGCCUGUCUGGAAUCGAGAGUCGACCAUUAUCGGAAUGACGAUUGUCUUCACCGCCAUCACGUCAACCUGUGUCCUGUUACGAUUGUAUGCAAGAUUUCGCAUCAUGAACAUGGCAGGAUGGGACGAUUACUGCAUGAUCUUUGUUAUUACCAUGGGCGGUGUUGGCACCGUAUGCCUGUGCAUGUUACCUGGCCUUGGUGGAAUCGGUAGCCAUCUGCUUGAACUGUCGGAUGCGAAGCGACAGACGUACUUCAAGCUGUUCUACGUCGCCGAUGGCAGCUUCGUCUCCACGGUGGCGCUCAUCAAGUUAUGUCUGCUCUUACAGUAUCUGCGAAUCUUCGAUCGUGGCUUACAGCGUCGUGUCUGUCUUGCCAUGUUUAUCCUCGUGGGGUUGUGGGCGUUGGUCACCUCCUUCAUGGCGUGGGUGCCCUGCUUUCCUGUACACGCGUUCUGGGACUGGUCUGUCGAGGACAAGAAGUGCUAUGCAUACGGAUCCAAGUACUUGAGCGGUCAUUACGCCACCUUUCUGACACAUUCGAUCGUCAACAUGAGCCUGGACCUAAUCAUCUUUGCUAUCCUGCUGCCCCUGCUUUUCAGGCUGAGCACCCAGCACCGCACCAAGCUCGGCACGAACGUGCUCGCCGCGCUUCGCCUUGCGGAAACCGUCAGGCACAAGGCCAUGAGCUACCCAACCUUUGAUCAUUCAUGGUACGCGCCGGCACUCUGCAUGCUAGGCAUGCUCGAGGUAAACUUUGCUUGCAUCGGCGCUUCGAUUCCCGUCUUCUGGCCCGUCUUCAAAAACCGCCUCGAGGCCAUUUUCGUGACGCGGGAGAUCAACGUAUCGGUGGCGGCCCGCAACUCGAGCGAUAUGCAGCUUCAACGACUGGAAAGUCUGCAUAGCCAGGACGGCAGCGACGGGACGAAGCGACUGUGGAGAGAGGGAUCGAGGGAGGUUGACAAGAGUCACCACUACCAGGACUCGUACGUGAUAGACCAGGUUGAUCCGUUGCGGGCCAGGACGGCGCGGGCGGUCGACACGACGGUCACCACGGGCGGACACGCAGGGGAACCACGAAAUGAUAAGGCAAUGUGA